CCGGCCGCCGCCGCUCCCCCCGCGCUCCCCGCAUGUCGCUGGCGCCGCGCCCCGCGCCCCCACAGCCGCCCGCCGCCGCCCUCCGCCGCAGCCGCCGCCCUUGAUGUGGUUCGGGGCCGGGCGGGGGAGAAGAUGCCGCCGUCCAAGUCCCGCAAGAUCGCGAUCCUGGGCUACCGGAGCGUGGGAAAAUCUUCACUGACGAUCCAGUUUGUGGAAGGACAGUUUGUUGAUUCAUAUGAUCCAACCAUAGAGAACACUUUUACAAAACUGAUCACAGUAAAUGGCCAAGAAUAUCAUCUUCAGCUGGUUGACACUGCUGGCCAGGAUGAAUACUCCAUAUUUCCUCAGACGUACUCCAUAGACAUCAAUGGCUACAUUCUUGUUUAUUCAGUCACGUCAAUAAAAAGUUUUGAAGUGAUAAAAGUUAUCCAUGGCAAGUUAUUGGAUAUGGUGGGAAAAGUCCAAAUACCCAUUAUGCUGGUUGGAAAUAAAAAAGACCUGCAUAUGGAACGGGUGAUCAGCUAUGAAGAAGGGAAAGCUUUAGCAGAAUCCUGGAACGCAGCUUUCUUGGAAUCUUCUGCUAAAGAAAAUCAGCACAGCAUCCAAACCUUCCGUGCAGUCAGCCACUCAGGACAGGCUCACCAUGCAAAAGGAGGCGUGAGAUCCCUGGAGCCAAUGGAUUGUUUGACUAUUGCUCGGGAAGUUGUUUGCGAGUGAUCCCAAACGUUUUUGCUACUGGAACUCCAGGCUGGCCAAGCAGCUCUGCUUUGCUUUGUGCAAAGCAGAGGGAAGGAGAGACAAGUGCCAGCUUUAUUUGGAAGUCCUGGGUUUCAGUGAGAGCCUGCUCUGUGUUUUUCCUCUGUAACGGCUGAGUAAAGGGUGCGCAGAGCCGCCCCGAGUUCCCGCGCUACGGACUGUUCACGCAGACUUGUGACUGGCAGUGCUGGCAGGAUGGAGUGGAUUUAUCCAGGUCACAAGCGUAGACUUGUUAAGAGAACAAAAAUGUCAUUUAAAAUAAAUUGCACGUCCUGAACAAA